AUGGGAUUUCUUGGCCACAUUGUUUCUGCAGAGGGAGUUUCUGUGGAUCCGGCUAAGAUUGAGGCUAUCAGAGAUUGGCCUAGACCUAGUAGUGCCACCGAGAUCAGGAGUUUUCUGGGUUUGGCAGGAUACUACAGGAGGUUCGUCAAGGGGUUUGCUACCAUGGCGCAGCCGAUGACGAAGUUGACCGGGAAGGAUGUCCCUUUUAUUUGGUCAGCUGAGUGUGAGGAGAGCUUUAGUCAGCUCAAGGAGAUGUUGACUACUACACCAGUGUUGGCGUUACCCGAGCCAGGGAAGCCUUACAUGGUGUAUACAGAUGCUUCAGGCAUUGGUCUUGGUUGUGUGCUGAUGCAGGAGGGCAGAGUGAUAGCAUAUGCUUCGAGACAGUGGCAGGGCAGUGAGCGUAACCGUCCUACACAUGACUUAGAGUUGGGAGCAGUGAUCUUCGCGUUGAAGAUUUGGAGGUCUUACUUGCUAGGUGAGACAGUACAGGUCUUCACGGAUCACAAGAGUUUGCAGCAUAUCUUCACUCAGCCGAUGAUGAACGCGAGACAGACGCGCUGGGUUGAGUUCUUGGCGGACUAUCAGGUGAGCAUUAACUACCAUCCGGGCAAGGCUAACCUAGUGGCGGACGCGUUGAGUAGACGGAGGUAUGAUUCCGCAGUUGAGCGAGAUGUGGAGUCUCUAGUUGGCGAGAUCAGUACCUUGCGUUUGUGUGCCAUUUCGCAGGAGCCUUUGGGUUUAGAGGCAGUGGAUCAGGCGGAUCUACUUAGCAGGAUCAGAGUUGCUCAGCAGAGUGAUCAGAGUUUGCUAGAUGCGACGAGAGUGACUGGUUCUGAGUAUGAGGUCUCUGCGAAUGGGACUAUCUUGGUUCGUGGGCGAGUUUGUGUGCCUAAGGAUGUGGAGUUGAGACAUCAGAUUUUGGGAGAGGCUCACGCGAGCAAGUUUUCCAUUCAUCCGGGAGCGACCAAGAUGUACCAUGACCUCAAGAGGUACUAUCAUUGGGUCGGGAUGAAGAGGGAUGUAGCAGACUGGGUUGCGAAGUGCAACACUUGUGCCUUGGUGAAGGCAGAGCAUCAGGUUCCGGGUGGUCUUUUGCAGAGUUUACCCAUUCCAGAGUGGAAGUGGGACAGGAUUACGAUGGAUUUCGUGGUUGGACUACCUGUUUCGAGGACUUUCGAUGCUAUCUGGGUGAUUGUGGAUCGGUUGACUAAGUCUGCACAUUUCUUGGCCAUCAAGAAGACAGAUGGAGCUGCUGUCUUGGCUAGGAAGUUUGUGCGAGAGAUUGUGAGGCUGCAUGGAGUGCCAGCUAGUAUUGUGUCAGACCGUGAUCCCAGAUUCACUUCAGAGUUUUGGAGGGCGUUUCAGGCAGAGAUGGGCACUAAGGUGCAUCUGAGUACAGCUUAUCAUCCGCAGACAGAUGGUCAGUCAGAGAGGACUAUUCAGACUUUGGAGGAUUUGCUGAGGAUGUGUGUGUUGGAUUGGGGUGGCCAUUGGGCAGAUCACCUGAGCUUAGUUGAGUUUGCAUACAACAACAGCUUUCAGGCGAGUAUUGGCAUGGCUCCAUUUGAGGCUUUGUAUGGGAGGCCAUGUAGGACACCCCUAUGCUGGACCCAAGUGGGGGAGCGCAGCAUGUAUGGAGCUACUUAUGUUCAGGAGACGACAGAGAAGGUUCGUGUUGUGAGGCUGAACAUGAAGGAGGCUCAGGAUAGGCAGAAGAGUUAUGCAGAUAGACGCAGACGAGAGCUUGAGUUUCAGGUUGGAGAUAGAGUUUAUCUCAAGAUGGCUAUGUUGAGGGGUCCUAACAGAUCCAUAGCAGAGAACAAGCUGAGUCCGCGAUUUAUGGGUCCGUUUCCAGUAGUGGAGCGAGUUGGGCCAUUGGCUUACAGGCUGGAGUUGCCUGAGAUUAUGAAAGCCUUUCACAAGGUUUUUCAUGUGUCGAUGCUGAGGAAGUGUCUUCACCCUACAGAGGAGUUAGUGGCUAGGAUUCCAGAGGAUCUUCAGCCAGAUUUGACAGUGCCGGCAGUGCCUGUGAGGAUUUUAGAGAGGAGGGAAAAGGUUCUGAGGAACAAGAGGAUUCCCUUACUGAGGAUUUUGUGGGAUUGCAGUGGUUCUACAGAGGAGACUUGGGAGCCAGAGGCAAAGAUGAAGUUGAAGUUCAGGAAGUGGUUCGACAAGCAGGUCGAGGAGUGA